GCAUUCCAAGGUAUGCAAAAGAUUGAAAAUAAGUUCUGAAGGAGGAGAUUAUGGCCACAGAUCAUAUCCUGUGACUAAGCAUGAUAAUUUUAAACACAAGCAACAACAGGCCACAUCAAGAAUUCUUAAUGAUUCGGAACCAUCUGACACUCCCAAUUUGGUGCAAGUGUUGGAUACAAGUAUGUUUGGAAGUGUGGGGAAAGAAAUAGAGGCCCUUUGUGCACGAAGGUCACAAUUGCUGAAACAUGAUGUUGCAAGAAAUCCUAGGCUUCCCUUCACACGUUCAAAUGUGCCAAACAACAGGAGUAAAGAGCCUGGUAAAUUAGUGAAUCAGAGGGCCACUCAUCUCACACAUAAAAAUAUCAUUGAUGUAGAGGAUGACUGUAUGUUGAUUGAUGCCCCUGCAGUAGUUCCAACUGUUGUAGAUCUUAGUUCAGAUGAUGAAGACGGUGAACAUCGGAGGCGUUCUAAUAUAUAUCAGAAGGUUGUGUUGGAGCCUGUCGGAAAAUUUCUCACGAAGGAUUCCAUGAAUAUUCAAAAGAGCAAAGUUGUAAAGGAACAAGUAGAAAGCAUGAAUGGAAAAGUUGAUAUUAAUAAGUUUGGCGCAAAAGAUGAUGUAGAGGUUGAUGAUGAUAGUCACCAGCCAGUUCAGGAAAAAGAAAGUAAUUAUGAAACUAAUACUGUAGACCAUAGCCUGAAAGAUAUACAAAGAAAAGCUCCAAGCAAAGAGGUACGAAAUGUGUCUUAUACAGUUGAUGUCAGGAUUGAAAAAGAUGAAUAUGAUGGCUCUAGAGAUGAUGUGGUGAUUGAGAAUGACAAUCAUCAAAUUCAUCAAAAAGAGGAGCAUAAUCUUCAAACAUAUGCUGAAGACAAUGGUCUGGAGAAUAUAUGCAAGAAGAUGGCAGUCACAUCAGAAUGUUCCGAGGACUAUCAUGUUCCACUUAGUAACCAUGCAAAAGGCGGAGCUCAAUCCCUUAGUUACCCUGCAAAAGGUGGAGCUCAAUCCCUUAGUUCCCCCGCAAAAGGCGGAACUCAACAAGAAGAAGCAAGAGGUGAACUUGAAAUCAAGAAAGAAAAAGGUGUUUAUGUUGGCGUAGAAGAUGAAGACAAUUAUCAAACUGAAACUGAAAAUGAUGGGCUGCAAGAUAUUUGGAAGGAGAUGUCAAUGGCAUUGGAAUGUUCAAAGAAUUUUGCUCUAGAUCCUUCAUCUGAUGUAGAAGUGAGAGAAAGUGAGGAGGACUGUGAUCAUUCUUUUGUUUUAAAGGAUGAUCUUGGUUAUCUUUGUCGCAUUUGCGGGGUUAUUGACAGAGGAAUUGAGACCAUAUUUGAGUUCCAGUACAAUAAGUACAAAAGGAGUACUCGAACACACAUUUCUGAUUCUUGGAAUGGCAAAGACAGAGACUCAACUGAGAUGGUUGGAGUUAAAUUUUCUGAAGAUGAUCUGACAGUAAUUGAUAUCUCUGCCCAUCCAAGGCAUAUGAAGCAAAUGAAACUUCAUCAGGAGGAGGGUUUCAAUUUUCUUGUUAGCAACUUGGUGGUUGAUAAUCCUGGGGGCUGUAUCUUGGCCCAUGCUCCUGGAUCCGGAAAGACAUUUAUGAUAAUCAGUUUUAUGCAAAGUUUCCUGGGAAAAUAUCCACAGGCUAGACCACUGGUUGUGCUUCCUAAAGGAAUCUUGGCAACAUGGAAAAAGGAGUUCAAGACAUGGCAAGUAGAGGAUAUUCCACUGUAUGAUUUUUACACUGCUAAAGCAGAAAAUCGAUCUCAGCAACUGGAGGUGUUGCAUAAGUGGGUAGAGCAUAAGAGUAUCCUAUUUCUUGGUUACAAACAAUUUUCAACUAUUGUUUGUGAUGAUGGAAACAACGAGAUCUCCACUUCAUGUCAAGAGAUACUUCUUAAGGUUCCUUCAAUUCUUAUUCUGGAUGAAGGGCACACUCCGAGAAAUGAGAACACCGACGUGUUGCAGUCCCUUGCGAAAGUUCAGACACCUAGAAAGGUUGUACUGUCAGGAACCCUCUACCAAAAUCACGUCAAAGAAGUGUUCAACAUCAUCAAUCUUGUUCGACCAAAGUUUCUGCGGAUGGAAACCUCUAGGUCUCUUGUGAAGCGUAUCAUGAGUAGAGUAGAUAUACCAGGUGCAAGAAAGCAGUUCAAAGCAGGUUCUGAUUCAGCCUUUUAUGACUUGGUUGAACACACUUUACAGAAGGACCAAGAUUUUAGAAGGAAAGUGACAGUCAUACAAGACCUGCGCGAGAUGACUAGCAAGAUCCUUCACUACUAUAAAGGGGACUUCCUAGAUGAGCUUCCUGGUCUUGUUGACUUUACUGUAAUACUGAAUCUUAGUUCAAGACAGAAGCUUGAAGUUCAGAAAUUAAAGAAGAUGGCGAGGAAUUUCAAGAUAAGCUCUGUUGGGAGUGCUGUCUAUCUUCACCCAAAACUGAAUUCUUUCUCAGAGAAUCAGUCCACAUCUGAUCAUAUGGUGGAUGAGAUGAUAGGGAAAUUAGAUGUGAGUGAGGGAGUGAAAGCAAAAUUCUUUCUCAACAUGCUUAGCUUAUGUGAAUCUGCUGGAGAGAAGCUACUGGUUUUCAGUCAGUAUCUCCUACCCUUAAAAUUUCUGGAGAGAUUAGCAGUGAAAAUGAAGGGUUGGAGUCUUGGAAGAGAACUCUUUGUGAUUACAGGUGAUUCAAGUUCUGACCAUCGCGAAUGGUCCAUGGAGCAGUUCAACAAUUCCCCUGAUGCCAAAGUGUUCUUUGGCUCGAUCAAGGCAUGUGGGGAGGGUAUUUCUUUGGUUGGGGCAUCCCGUGUUAUAAUAAUGGACAUUCAUCUGAAUCCUUCAGUGACCCGCCAAGCUAUAGGUCGUGCAUUUCGACCAGGUCAAAAGAAGAAAGUGUUUGUAUAUAGAUUGGUGGCGGCUGAUUCACUUGAGGAGGAAGAUCACAGCAUUUGCUUCAAGAAGGAAUUAAUUUCGAAGACGUGGUUCGAAUGGGAUGAGCAUUGUGGUUAUCAGGAUUUUGAAGUGGAGACCAUUGAUGUGAAAGAGUGCGGUGAUCUCUUCUUGGAAAGUUCACAGUUAGGGGAAGAUGUAAGGGUUCUGUACAAAAGGUAGAUUCUAGCAUCAUUCUAGGCCUGAGCAAUGGAGUAGGCUCAAGUAUUUCUUACUUUCGAUCUGCCUGAGUAAGAAUCUUCAUCUGUUCAUACUAGUUUGUGUGUGCUGGCUCAUGAACUUAAAUGUAGUUCUUGAAACUGACAACAGUUUUUUAUGCUUUUUCAGUAAUCCAUUUUAAAUUGCAUUUUCUGGUUUUUCUUUCUUUGCUAAGGAAGCACCUGUAUAAGCAUAAUCUCUCCAAUGGAGUCUUUGAUUAUGUCCAAUCAAAUGCUUAAUGGCAUGCGAAAAUUUCCUUAUUGCUCUUAGUUUAUGUAACAUGUCUUUGUACAGGCAGUUUUCCAUUACUGUUA